GGGCGUUUCGCUGCGGUAUUGCUCUGAUCCUGGAACAGAAACAACUUCACCACCAGCUAUUCAAUAUGCAAAUCCACGCUGGCCCCGCCCCCCCUCGCGUCACCCCGCAGCAGAGCUACCUGUCCAGGUAAAGCGGCAUGUUACAGCUGCAGGAACGGAGCCAGAAAAUCAAACUAAACUCGUUCUGAGUGCCGGAGCUGACAGGACAGGACUUCAACAACCAGCAUCCCGUCAUCUUUUUUUUUUUUUUUUUUUUUUUUUUUUUUUUUGGUUGCUACUGGACUGAUCAGAUUUACCGUUCCGACUAGAAAGUCCAGUCCGACGGAGGGAGAUGACAGAGGAAUCUGCCAGGAAAAGGGGCGUGGUCAUGCUGCACUCCGACCCAUCGUACGAGGUGCAGCCGGCCUAUCCGGACGAGGACGAGUGGCAGGUGUUCCUGGAGAGCCCGCUGACCGCCGCCUCCAAGGCCAUGAUGAGCGUCAACGGCGACGAGGAGGCGGCCGGCGCCCUCGGCCUCCUCUACGACUACCACAAGGUUCCUCGGGACAGGAAGCCCGUUGGAAACAUCAAAACGGAGCCGCUGCUCUCGGAGGAGACAGACGACAGCAAAAUGAGCUUCCUGGUCCCGUUCCAGGACUCCCUGCUGACCAUGACGCCGCUGAGGAACGUCCCGCUGCACACCGUGGUGCAGGGCGGCCCCUCCCCCUCCCCCUCCCCCGGCCGGGACAGGAGGGCCGGCUCGUACCCGGAGCCCGCCGCCGCCCUGCCCUCCUACCCCGGCGGCCUGGAUGCCCCCCCGCUGCCCCUCCGCCCCGGGACGGCCCCCCCACCAGACUCCGCCUACAACGAGCAGAUCUUUCCUCUGUCAGAGGAGAUCCAGCGCUUGACCGCCGUCAGCCAAGAUGACUACAGCGCCCCCUACUGUUCAGAUGGAAGGUGA